AUGGAAUUAUUUACAGCUUUGAGUUUAUUCAGUCGACAAAAGUACGAAGCGUGCGCUUCAAUAUGCACGGAUUUAUUAAGAAAAAAUCCACUAGAUCAGGCUGUGUGGGUUCUGAAAAUGCGUGCUUUAACGCUACAAGUUUAUGUGGAUGAUAUCGAAGGUGAGGAGGAAGGAAUCGCUGAGACUUUAUUAGACAAUUAUGCAAUAUCGACAAUGCCCAGGCCAGGUACUUCAUUGAGAAAUCCUGGCACCAGUUACACUGGUCAGGGAGUACGGCCUAAAUCACAAUCUGGCAGACCUGUUACUGGAGUAAUACGGCCUGCCACUCAGGCAGCGAUGUCCCAAUCGAUUGAGCAGGUAUUGAGAACACCGAGAACAGCAAUGACUGCUAGGCCAAUUACAGCAAGUUCAGGGCGCAGUGUUAGGCUUGGUACAGCGUCAAUGUUGACAGAACCUGGUGGACCAUUUAUCCAAUUAUCACGAUUGAAUAUAACUAAAUAUGCUAAUCAGCAAAGCAUAGCAAAACCAUUGUUCGAAUAUAUAUAUUAUCAUGAACAUGAUGCGAGAUAUGCGUUGGACUUGGCUGUUCAGGCGACGCAGGUUUGUCAAUAUAAAGAUUGGUGGUGGAAAGUUCAGCUGGGAAAGUGUUAUUAUACCUUGGGAUUAGUAAGAGAUGCGGAGCAACAGUUCAAGUCGGCAUUGAAGGAUCAUAGAAACAUCGAAACGGUCUUGCGACUGAUCAGAGUCUAUAUCCGGCUCGAUCAGCCGGUGGCUGCGUUGGAUACGUGCAAGAGAGGCCUUGAGUACUUUGCGAACGAUGUUACGAUCCUCACAGAGAUGGGUCGCAUAUUCGAGGGCCUGAAUAACGCAACGAUGUCCAUGAAAUAUUACAAGGUGAUCGCACAGGAGGACGCUUCUCAUACCGAGGCUAUCGCCAGUAUAGGCAUGCAUCAUUUUUACAAUGAUCAACCGGAGUUAGCUUUGCGUUAUUACAGGCGCCUUUUGCAAAUGGGCGUACAUAACGCCGAGUUGUUUAAUAAUCUCGGACUUUGUUGUUUCUAUGCUCAGCAAUACGAUCAUACUAUAUCGUGUUUCGAAAGAGCAUUAAAUCUCGCAACCGACGAGAAUGUGGCUGACGUGUGGUACAACAUCUCUCAUAUUGCUAUUACGUUGGGUGAUUUGAUAAUGGCUGAGGAGUGUUUGAGACUAGUCAUUGCAAGCGAUAACAGACAUGCUCUGGCUUACAACAAUCUUGGCGUGAUAGAGAUGCGCAACGGAAACGUUACCGCGGCGAGAACAUAUUUUCAUGCAGCAGCUAAUAUCGCUAGUUAUGUGUACGAAGCGCACUUCAACAGUGCGCAUUUAGCUUACGAGGUUGGAGACCUACAGACGAGUUAUAUCGCGGUACAAAAAUCGUUGAGUGCUUAUCCCAUACAUUACGAUAGUAAGACACUUUUACGGAAAUUGCAAAGAUACUUCUCACAUAUAUGA